AUGGCGACCACCUCAGCUCCUGCGACACCUCAAACCCAACCCAUUCAAGCCGCUGUGUCCACCCCAUCACCUGGAAACUGGCGACAUCCAAGAUCCGACGAGAUAGCCCGAAGGCAAAAAGCAAAUACCUUCGACGAUAGCAACCUCCGGAAGAUAGUGUGGAAUGGGGGGGCUCUCGCGGCACUGUUCUAUGCCUCAUCACACUCUUGGAUUCACGAAAUCUCCCAAACCUUCCAACCACUCACCACUCCCAUCCUUUUCCUGAUUUGCCUGCUCGGUCUCUACAACAUUGCAACAGCCCUAUUACCCCUCAUAAGAAACACGGACGAACUCACCGACAUCCCACUGACGCCUACACAACGAUCGCUCUUGGGCCUAGACCCUAACGCCACGCCACCACUGACACCUGGGACACAAUACAUCACCCCACCACGAUACCCCCACUCGCCAACACCACGAAACAUUUCUCCAGCGACCAGAAGUACCAGCACGUACAGCACGCCCAUUACAAGCAGUCCGUCAUUCGGGAGGGAAAGAAGCGGUUCGCCUACGGCGAGUCUCGCAGCCAGUCCGUUGUGGCAGAAGAGUCUGGGCAAGUCUAGGGAUACUGCGAGGAGAUCGAGCUAUGGCUCACCGUCACCUUUGGGGCCCGGAUUUGGAGGGAGCAAUAGUAUACUGGGGGCGCCGAAUACUCCGAGUCCUGCGGCUGGGCGAGGGGCUACGGUGGGGCUGAACAAUAAGUGGCUCUAUCAGAAGGGGCGAAGCGCUUCUGGAAGUAGGUACCCGAGCAUAUAUUCUGGGACUACGCUUGUAGAUUACUAG